AUGCAACAAAAUUACGAAUAUUAUUAUCAAUCUCAAUUUCAAAGCCCUAACCACCCGUCAGCUCCUCCGGUUCCGUCGAGUUACUGCUCCUCUGAUUACUCAAGUUAUGAAAAUCACAAUCAUGUCCCUUCUCCGGGUUCAUAUCAUGAUCAAUUUCAAACUCCACCAAAUUAUGAUCCUUCUUUGAACUUUGGUUACGAGAGGACGAAUAAAUUGGUUUUUGAUGAUUAUGGGAGACCAAUUAACCUCCAGGUGGGGCCAGGACCGGUUCCUGGUAGUUCCGGGAAAGCGAGCCCGGAAAUGGAGACGCAGGCGGAUGGAAAGAGUGGUGUCCAGAAGUUUCGGGUGAUGAUGCUGGCGGAAGGUGGAAAUCAAAGUGAUAUCAAUGUUACUUGUCAGAUUGGUUUGGAAGGGGUUCGGAUGCUUGAUCCUGCCAGUGGUAGAACAUUGAAGAUAUAUCCACUAGAUACUGUAACAAGAUGGGAAGUACUUGAUUCGUCGGUUUUUGUGUUUUCGGCCAAAAGUUCCAUAGAUGUUCAACCAAGAUGUAUAAGGCUCAAAUCCAACAGCUAUACUACCAAUGCCAUUCUGGAUGCAUUGACAGCGGCAACUGUUCAGACAAUCUUUGUUGUAGAAGAUGCCUAUUUACUGGAUCUUUUGAGUCAUCUUUGGAAUGUAUAUCAAAAAGUCAGGGUAAUAACUGGACUUAUGCAUAUUGAGGAUGAUUCAGGGCAGCUGAGAGUGCAGCUUAAAGAGAUGGGUGGAAAGCAUUUGUUUUCGGAUUCUUCCAAGGUUUCUGAUCAAUCAACAGAGAAGAAGAAAAGGAUAGCUGAUUGGAUGAAGUUGGUCAAACCUAUCAAUGAGGAGAAAGUGCACUGGGUUCCCGAUGAAGCAGUUUCCAAAUGUAUGGCAUGCAGCAACGAUUUUAGUGCUUUUGCGCGAAAGCAUCAUUGCAGGAACUGUGGAAAUAUUUUUUGUGAUAAAUGCACCCAAGGUAGAAUUGCUCUUACUACAGAUGAGGAAGCUCAACCAGUUCGAGUUUGCGACCAAUGCAUGGCUGAAGUUACCCAAAGGCUAAGUAAUGCAAGGGAACCUUCUGAAAAAAUUGUCGGAACACAGAAUGAUGGUGAUCUUGCAAAAAAGCUUCAGCCUUGUUCAGUAGAUACAGAAAGGGAUGUGGUUUUGGGGGAGUGUGGAGGAGGUUACAGCACUAACUGCCCUGUCAUGGUGUUGGUUAUGACAUAUUAUGAAUGCAUUACUAAUUCAGAGGAAUUGCAUCAUCAGACUUUAUUCUGGAAGACUUUGUUGAAGGAUCACAUUGCCCCAAAGCAUGGUGGGGAACACGCCAUAGAAACACAUGAAGAGAUUGAAAGAAGUCGCAGGCCAUCAUCAGGUUUGAAUUCUGAUAGAUCUGACAAGCAGAUGAGAGAAGUUGCCUGCCCCACUUGCACUGUCCACUUGCAGGUUCCUGUUCCAACUUCUGGUUCUGAAACCAUAGAGUGCAGCGUUUGUCAGUAUCCAUUCUUGCUAGUUCAGGAGUUUGAGUUCGACAAAUAG